AUGCCAUCUAAUUCCAUUCGAUUUGCCUUUCCAGAGCAUCCCAACUUGACUGAUCAUCAACCGUUUCGUCCACGUCGUACAGCCACCAUCAAUUCUUUAGCAACUUCAAUAUCUUCUUUUAAGAACAAUAAAGAUCAACAUACGUUGGCUAUUUUUCCAUUUUUUGUGGCAUCUUUCUUUUCCGUACUUUCCACCUUUCUGCAUGUCAGAGCUACAGUCGUCAAUGGUUAUAUCGUUGAUCAUGCAAAUUGGAAUGGAUUAGGACAUUUUUAUGAUCAAUACCCUGUCGUCUAUUUGAAUACAAUUGAAUCAAUAUUAAUGACGAUUUCAUUAUGUUGUGGUAUUAUGAUUUGUCUUGUUUUGGUGAUGAAAACUCGUAUGUCUUAUGAAUCUACUCGCAUCUGUUUGUUCCUAGCAGCUAUACACGCUUUUUCAACUCUUGCAACAUCUAUAUUUUUUCGUCAACGAACUCAUGAUCUUCUCCAAAAGCAUGAUAAAUACGUAUAUUCAAGAGGGUAUUAUAGUUGUUUAGGAUCAGCGACUUCCAUGACAUUGGCCAUGUUGGGUUUUUUCUGGAAUUGGAUAUUAGAUUUGCCUACUGCGAGUAGUUUGUCAACCACUUUGACAACCAUGCUCUUACCUACUGUCAUGUAUUGCUCUACUCUUGUUAUUGGUACUUUAGCAUUUAUGUGGAUUGAACAAUGGGAAUACACUCAAGCUAUGAUAUUCUGUGCAACAGCUCUGACGACUAUUGGCUAUGGUGAUGUCACUCCAAUCACUUCCACUGGACGUUUGUUUUUCUUGGGUUAUGCCUCCAUAGGAAUUUGUGUUGUUGGCUAUUUUAUGUUAUCUUUACGAUCGGCGAUGAUCAGUGGAUCUUCUUCAAAUCUUAUUAUGAAAGUGAACCUUAUGCGUGUGGAAUCUUUGCAUGAUCUUGCUUUACAACAACGAAUACAUAACCAAAAAGAUCAUGAUGGGAAGCAACAUGAUACGAUACCAGGAACGGAUUAUGAUUCACCAUUUGAUACCACUACUACAAUUGCUUCCUCGUCUUUUUACAACACUAUAGGGAAUAACAAUGAUUCGAUUCUAAAACAUCAUCAUCGUCGACAACUUUCUAGUGGUGGAAUAUCUUCUUGUGGCAACUAUACUCUCGGUAAUCUUCUCAAAGAACAAGAUCGUCAAAUGUGGGUGCAUGUAGUGACGCCUUCUGGUGCUUGGCGUAUGUCGAUUAUCUUUGCUUUAUCUUGGUUUGGUGGGGCAGCUGUUUUUUGUACUCUAGAAGAUGACUGGUCUUACCUUGAUGCCUUGUAUUUUGCCUUCGUGACCCAAUUAACUAUUGGAUUUGGUGAUCUAGUUCCACAAACAGCGUUGGCUCAAGAAUUCUGGUUUCUUUAUAUUGUUAUAUCUAUUGCGGUUGCUGCCUACUUUAUUAGUCUUUUUGGAGAUGUGUUAGCGACAAAACUGCUUCGUGGUGGUGACGACAAGGAUGAUGAUGCUGAUGGAAAAAAUCCUUAUAAAUCAAAAUUCGAUAUUGAAAGUGAAAAUCUGUAUGAUGGUAAUGAUGAUAAUGGUUGUAUAUCCCUUCCCGUAUCUAAUGCUAGAAUGGAAGAUCAAUUGACAUUGAAUCUUAAUCAAGACAACAUCGCUUCUGAAACCCCUUCGACAACAACACACUAUUCUCGUCAACUUGAACAACAUCGAUUUGUCCAUCAACCUUUGAAGUAUCGUACCUACAGUCUUCCGAAUACUCCUCUGAUGUAUCAAAAACGGAAUAGAUAUUCUUAUGGAUCAGUAGUACAACAGAAACAACAUCCUAUUUGUGAUACCAGUUCCUCAAACAAGAAGACGAAUACUCAAUGGUUCAAGUCUUCUAAAUAUCUACCAGUAGCUAUAUAUAGAACAAAUCUUCAAUAA